GCAUGUGGACUUGGAUUUGGGGACAUGAACAAGCCUCUGGCGUAUUUAGCAACCACCAUUUCUACCAAGUUCCGCGUUCCUCCUCCUCAAUGGAGAUUCUACUGUUCUCCACCCUCUUCUCCUUCCUCCAACAAGCUCUUUGUGGGAGGGUUGUCAUGGUCAGUGGAUGAGAAGUCUCUCAAAGAUGCUUUCUCUUCCUUCGGAAACGUCACUGAAGUGAGGAUAGUGUAUGAUAAAGACAGUGGUAGGUCUAGAGGCUUUGGAUUUGUCAUCUUUUCAAAUGAUGAUGAUGCCAAGUGUGCUAAGGAUGCAAUGGAUGGAAAGGCACUGUUAGGUAGACCAUUGAGGAUAAAUUUUGCUCUUGAGAAGGCACGUGGUGUACCUGUUGUAGUUCCUCGUCUCUCAGACAUUGGACACUUAAACAGGCACUAAAUUUAAUUUUCCUUAUGAAAUUCAUGUACGUAACAAUGUUAUCUUAUUAAUUCUUAGCUGAUGGCUACAAAAUUUUUGUUCGCUGUCAAGAUAUGCAAUUAGUAGAGAAUGGAAUUUACAAGAUGAAGAAGGUUGCUUAGUCAAUUUCAUAAAUAUGGAUUGUAGUCAUGUGACAGGUCAUCACUGUAUUGAUAAUUGGAGAAGUUACAGCAAUACGACAGAUUAGGCUUCGUGCUUUGAUGUUUGUAGUGUCAACUUUGAGCUAGGCAUUUAAGUAAGACAUUUUCUUAGCAUAAUGAUAAUGAAAGAAUGAUCAUAAAGGGAUAGAUGCAUGUAAUGUAUUUGGUAUGGUUCAUU